CGUGUUGUAAAAUAGUGUUUGUGAAAGCAUUAUGAGUUUUUAUGUCAAGAUUCUUGUAAUUGAUAGAUGAAGUUUGGUGGAUGAAACUAGAAUAAAAUAUUUCAGAUCUUUGUAAAAUCUUCGAGGUUAAUAGUUAAAACCACAAACAUGGCAUCCAGCGGAUGGAAUUAAUGUUUUGAAAAGACAUUUUCUGAGACUGACAAUCUUGUAAAAAUUAUAGUGUUUCCUGUUGUGAAAUGUUUGAUCAAGAACCCAUUUAAUUUUCUAUAACUCUUAGAAAAUUGACACGUGUUUGGUCGAUCUGGCCAGGACAAAAUAUAAACUAAACGACAACGGUCAGUGGCUUGAGGGACUUAAUACUACCGACAACUUUAAUGUUACUUUCGGAUAUUUGCUGGGUUAUUUAAACUGGCAUCUUGUAGCUUAUUUAUUUUCUAUCUGCUUACAUGUAUUUAUGAGUUGUAGCUCACAAACACAGUUUCUAGUCCAAAAAUCUGGUGUAGAUACCCUUAUAAGCUAAAGGAUCCGGUACUGGAGUUUUGGUUUACAAUGAAAAGAAGUGGAAACACAUGUGGCGGCGAGAGUAGCAAGAGGGCAAAUACCUCCACUCAAGAGGUUCGGCGAUAUGCUAGAUACACAAAAGAGCAAGUUGAUGCGCUUGAAAAACUUUAUACAGAAUGCUCGAACCCAAGCCAUGGACGGCAGCUACAAAUUAUUCAGGAACAUCCUCUUCUGAAGGGCAUUGACAUAAAACAACUUAAAAAUUGGUUUCAAAACCGUAGAAGUCGAGAAAGGCAGAAAACUGAGAAUGGGCACCUUAUCGCAGAACAAAAACAGCUGGCUGCAUCAAAUAAGCUGUUAAGGGAAGAAAAUGAGAACUUGCAGAAAAAGAUGGACAAAUUAAGAUCUGAGAAUGAGAAUUUGCAGAACCAUGUCAUCAAUUUAUCAUCUUCAACAAGCUUCGAACUGCCCUGUCUGCCUGAAGCCAAUAAUCUUCCAAUACCUGACAAGAUGGCCAACACAAGACUUUUCUCACUGGCUGAGGAAACCAAGAAAGAGUUCCUCGCUAAAGCUGUUGGAGAUGCUAUUACCUGGAUACCGGUUCCUGGGCUGAAGCUUCAGAAUCCUGGCAAUGCUGGGACUUUCUAUGUCUCAUCUGCUUCCAUUGGUGUUGCUGCAAAAGCAUGUGUUACGAUGCGUUGUGAACCUGUUGAGAUAAUUGAAAUCCUCAAAGAAAAGCCAUCUUGGUCGCAAUAUUUCCGCAAUAUGAGCAUCAUUGACACAUAUCAAGCGUCCACUGGUGGAACGAUUGAAUUUGUGUACACACAGUAUUAUGCUUCUACAACCAUGGCUUGUGCUCGAGACUUCUGGACACUUCGAUACACUUCUGUAUUAGAUGAUGGCAGCUAUGUGGUAUGCGAAAAAUCAAUUUCUGACCGUGAUGUUGCUCCAACAUCACCAACAUCCCUAGAGUCUGUGAAAGGAACUAAGCUUGCUAGUGGCUUUAUAAUUUGUCCUGUUGAAGGGGGAUCAACCAUAUAUAUGGUUGAACACUUGGAUAUGGAGGCAUCUUCUGUACCAGUGGUGAUAAGGCCCCUUUAUGAGUCAUCUGAACUUGUGGCCAAGCAGAUGAUUGCUGCAGCACUUCAUUAUAUUGAACAUAUUGCCAACGAGAAGAAUGGCAAAGUGAAAAAUUGCUGGAUGGAGCCUGAAUCUUUGAGAUCUCUCAGUAAAAAAAUUCACAGGGGCUUCAAUGAUGCUGUCAACGGUUUCCCUGAAGAUGGAUGGACUUGUCUGAAUGCUGACAGCACUGAUGAUCUUAUUAUGUCCAUCAAGGCAGUAAAGUGUCCUGGACCUACUCCAACUUAUGAUAGUGUUCUUUGUAUAAAAUCUGCAUUUUUAAUUCAAAAUGUUAUUCCUGCGAACAUGACGAGGGUUCUGACAGAGCGUCUCUCAUCUUGGAUCGACUUUGACUUCAGUAAGCAUUCUGAAUCAUAUUCGACUGCUGUUUGCUUUGCCUAUCCAUCCAAGAGUUCCCAUAAUCUUUCUGAAGAUCCUGCGAAGCUCGGCUACACCAAUCAUAAGAAUGAGGCACUCAAAGUAAUGCGGUAUCGACGCAUAUUGGAUCGCCUAUCUGGUGUUUCUUCUAUGGAUAUCUAUCACAUGCUGGUAGUUAAUGGAAUGGAAGACACUGGGUUUGGGCUUACCUCAGAGCUAUUAUUUUCAGCACCUGACAUGGAAAGCAGCCUUGACGAUUUUCAAUUAACAUUCGGAUUUCGAGUCAUCUUGUUGGGUUCGAUUCCAGGUACUGUUCCAUCAGCCAUUUUGACACAAGAAGGGCCAUCUCAUCCUAUGCGGACCGCAGUAUCAAAUUAUAGCCUACCACCUGCACUAUUGACUCUUGCCUUUCAGUUUCCUUUCGAGGGUGAUUGUCAGGGAGAUCUGAUGGACAUGGCUCGGAGCUAUGUUCGUCAUGUUAUUUCAAAUGUGAAAAGUAUUGCUCUGGAAUUAAAGCUGUCAGGAACAUAUCGUGUGAGGAACCUUGCCAGAGGUAAUUCAAAUGCAACUGCUGUAACUCCAGCAUCAACCUUUGCUGAAAACCUCGCCUCCUUGAUAUGUCGAAGCUAUAAAUUGACUACAAAUAUAGAUUUGGUCAGGAUCAAUCCUCCUACCACCAUGUUGCAAGCUGUGUAUGGCCACCCGUUCUCUAUUACAUGUUUUACAUUCUCGUCUAUCCCUGUCUGCAUAUAUGCCAACCAGCAAGCGCUCAUGAUGCUAGAGACGGAGACGAACAACUUGCAGAUGAUCACUGUGGACAAUAUACUCGGGGUCUCUCAUGAAAACUUCAGGCUGCAUUCUAUCCUCCCACAGAUAAUGAAUCGGGGGUAUGUUGUUUUUCCACCGGGAUAUGGUAGAACAGCUACCAAUCGUCGGUUCACAUACAUGAAAGGGAUGGUGUGGCAAGUGCGCGGCUUCGAUAAUUCCAUCCAUUGCCUUGCUUUGGCAUUUUACCGGUGGGUAUUGGUCUAAAAUGUUCAACUUGAAAUUUGUGUAUGUGUGUUGAGAGAGUGACUAUUUGUUGGUUCAAUUCCGUCUUGUUUUUUUUUUUCUUUUUUUUCUUUGUUUUCAUGUAUUCAAGAUUGAACAAUUUUUUUUUUAGGCUUGCUUAAGGACAAACAAGUUAAGC